CUCAUUCAUCCUAUAAAAAGCCAGCUGCCCGCUGACUUCACAUAAGACCAGAGCAACCAGACAACCCAUUCUCGGUGUACAGGUCCAGCCUCCUGUGAAGCAUGAGUUCCCACCAGCAGAAGCAGCCCUGUACCCCUCCCCCACAGCCUCAGCAGCAGCAGGUGAAACAGCCCUGCCAGCCUCCACCCCAGGAACCAUGUGCCCCCAAAACCAAGGAGCCCUGCCACACCAAGGUUCCAGAGCCCAGCCACACCAAGGCUCCAGAGCCCUGCCACACCAAGGUUCCAGAGCCCUGCCACCCCAAGGCUCCAGAGCCCUGCCAUCCCAAAGUUCCUGAACCCUGCCAUCCCAGUGUUCCUGAGCCAUGUCCCUCAACGGUCACUCCAGCACCAGCUCAGCAGAAGACCAAGCAGAAGUAAUGGGGUCCACAGUCAAGCAAGCCCUGGGGAGCCAAACACCGAAUGCUGAAUCCCCUCUCCCAUUCUGCUUCUGUGUCUUACUUACAAUUAGCAUGCUGUCACCCUGAGUCAUACCCUCCCUCUUCACAUCCUCUACAAAGAUUUCCCUCCCAUUGCUCUGCAGUGCUCUGAGCCUCUGAAUGAAGCUAAGAGUCUCACUGGCGAGCUACUCUUUUAACUGCUUAGGGCUUACCCAAAGAGAGGCCUGGGGAUCAAGUGGAUCUUUUCUGCCCUGUCCCCAUUAAAUCACUUUUAAC